GAGCCAGGCGGUCCUCGCUUCCGCGAGCCCGACUUUUCAUAGGCUGGGAAGAAAAGCUGGAGAAACUUGACAUUGUCUUGGGCAGAGUGCGUGUAGCAACAGAUCAAAGGAAAAGGAAGAAAACGUGCUCUUUGCUGCCUGUGGAUCUCACUGAGUUGCUUUUGUCUUGCGGGCUUCUGUUGGGUUUGGUGUUUCCCCUCUGAAGAGCGCGGCGUGGGCUCCGAGGCAGCUCGCUCCCUGCCGGAUGGGUCAUGGAAUUCUAAACAUGAGGCAGAUAGCUGAUCAGCUUCCUUGGAUUUUGCUGAUGACCCAGGAGAGCUUUGCCUGAAGAUGGAAACGCUGGAGUCGGAGCUGACCUGCCCUAUUUGUCUGGAGCUCUUUGAGGACCCUCUCCUGCUACCCUGUGCACACAGCCUCUGCUUCAACUGCGCCCACCGCAUCCUGGUGUCACACUGCGCCACCAACGAGUCUGUGGAGUCCAUCACCGCCUUCCAGUGCCCCACCUGCCGACAUGUCAUCACGCUCAGCCAGCGAGGUCUAGACGGACUCAAGCGCAACGUCACCCUGCAGAACAUCAUCGACAGGUUCCAGAAGGCAUCCGUGAGCGGGCCCAAUUCCCCUAGCGAGACCCGCCGGGAGCGGGCAUUCGACGCCAACACCAUGACCUCCGCCGAGAAAGUUCUCUGCCAGUUCUGUGACCAGGAUCCUGCCCAGGAUGCUGUGAAGACCUGUGUCACUUGUGAAGUGUCCUACUGUGAUGAGUGCCUGAAAGCCACUCACCCAAACAAGAAGCCCUUUACAGGCCAUCGUCUGAUUGAGCCAAUUCCGGACUCGCACAUCCGGGGGCUGAUGUGCCUGGAGCAUGAGGAUGAGAAGGUGAAUAUGUACUGUGUGACCGAUGACCAGUUAAUCUGUGCCUUGUGUAAACUGGUUGGGCGGCACCGAGAUCAUCAGGUGGCAGCUUUGAGUGAGCGCUAUGACAAAUUGAAGCAAAACUUGGAGAGUAACCUCACCAGCCUUAUCAAGAGGAACACGGAACUGGAGACCCUUUUGGCUAAACUCAUCCAAACCUGUCAGCAUGUGGAGGUCAAUGCAUCACGUCAAGAAGCCAAAUUGAUGGAGGAGUGUGAUCUUCUCAUUGAGAUCAUUCAGCAGAGACGACAGAUUAUUGGAACCAAGAUCAAAGAAGGGAAGGUGAUGAGGCUUCGCAAACUGGCUCAGCAGAUUGCAAACUGCAAGCAGUGCAUCGAGCGGUCCGCGUCCCUCAUCUCCCAGGCGGAACACUCUCUGAAGGAGAAUGAUCAUGCGCGGUUCCUACAGACAGCUAAGAAUAUCACCGAGAGAGUCUCCAUGGCAACUGCAUCAUCCCAGGUCCUAAUUCCUGAAAUCAACCUCAAUGACACAUUUGACACCUUUGCCUUAGAUUUUUCCCGAGAGAAGAAAUUGCUAGAAUGUCUGGAUUACCUUACAGCUCCCAACCCUCCCACAAUUAGAGAAGAGCUCUGCACUGCUUCCUAUGACACCAUCACCGUUCAUUGGACCUCCGAUGAUGAGUUCAGUGUGGUUUCCUAUGAGCUCCAGUACACCAUAUUCACCGGACAAGCCAACGUUGUUAGUCUGUGUAACUCUGCCGAUAGCUGGAUGAUUGUCCCCAACAUCAAGCAGAACCACUACACGGUCCAUGGUCUGCAGAGUGGCACCAAGUACAUCUUCAUCGUCAAGGCCAUCAACCAGGCGGGCAGCCGCAGCAGUGAGCCUGGGAAGUUGAAGACAAACAGCCAGCCAUUUAAACUGGACCCCAAGUCUGCACAUCGAAAGCUGAAGGUGUCCCACGAUAACUUGACAGUAGAACGUGAUGAGUCAUCCUCCAAAAAGAGCCACACGCCCGAACGCUUCACCAGCCAAGGGAGCUAUGGCGUAGCUGGAAAUGUGUUCAUUGAUAGCGGUCGGCAUUACUGGGAAGUGGUCAUAAGUGGGAGCACAUGGUAUGCCAUCGGCCUUGCUUACAAAUCGGCCCCGAAGCAUGAGUGGAUUGGGAAGAACUCUGCUUCCUGGGCACUGUGCCGCUGUCACAAUAACUGGGUGGUGAGACACAACAGCAAGGAAACCCCCAUCGAGCCAGCCCCCCACCUCCGGCGCGUCGGCAUCCUGCUGGACUAUGACAAUGGUUCCAUCGCCUUCUACGAUGCUUUGAACUCCAUCCACCUCUACACCUUCGACAUCACCUUCUCGCAGCCUGUGUGCCCCACCUUCACAGUGUGGAACAAGUGCUUGACCAUUAUAACUGGCCUUCCCAUCCCAGACCAUCUGGACUGCACAGAGCAGGCGCCGUGAGCACCUGGCCACAUGGAGCUGCUUUCUGGGGCAUAAAAGGGUCGUGGCCACCAUUUCAGGGACAGAGAAAGCACAGGCUUCCAGAGUGUGAUUAAAUGUCGCCAAAAAGUGUCCAGAAACAUUGACUAGGAUAGGACUCAACAUAGACGAUUCUCCCCUUUUCGUGUCUUUUGUAUUAAGUACAUGCUUUAAUAAUUUCUUCAAAUUUGUCCUGUGUUUGCAGGAAAAUUUAUAGAUUAUUUAUGAAAGAAACAUAACCGGAAUUACAACUCUUAGACAUGAUCUGGUUUUGCACAUUAAGAGGCCCAGAAGUUUGCCAGCUCUUUACAACAACCUUUGUGUCAUCACGCGCUGUGGGCUUGAGAAAAACAAAUCUUUUGUAGUUUCGUACGCUCAUUCAGCUUCUCACAUCGUCGUGUCAUACUGAUCCCAUCUUGGGUCCUGUCGCCUCAACGGUGCAUAACAGAAUAUGCAGUUACCUUAAAAAAAAAAAAAAGUUUUGAACCUAGUAGGGCAGCAACCGGGCUUUCUUAGUCUGCUUUAUUGUGAAGUGUUUUCAGUGUGAUGUCAAAA